AUGGCUACACCAAUUCUUCCAGCAUGCUCUGUGCUGGGGACAUCUGUCAAUCUCGCUCAACAAGAUAUAAUGCCUAAUUCCAGUAUUGUCGCUUGCAUCGAUGCUUCUGACCACCAUGCAGUCAGGAACAGCAGUUCCAAAGCCAUAAUAGUUACCAUGGGAGUAGAAGGAGAAAUAAUCACCACUCCGGGGUCAACUAAACAAUACCGGCUCCCAGAAAACGUGCGACUCAUUGACAGCGGUGGGAGAUCAGAAGCAAAUGAUAUAAUUUGCGAAAUGGGUAAAGAGAUGGCAGAAAGGCUUUCUGUCUCUGCAAGCGCAAGUGCUGGCUACAUGGGUGUGUCAGCCACCGUGUCUUCUCAAUACAGUUACGAGACUACAUUCAAAUCAACGAGCCUAUACGCAAUUUACAGCUUUGAUCAACAGGUCUAUUCAGUCCUCCUUAGAGAUCCCUGGCACAGCUAUAUCGAUGAGCGGCUGAUUGACCACGCCAACAGUCUGCCAGAAUGGAGACAAGAUACCGGAACUUACGAAGCAUUCGAAACCUUUUUUUAUCGGUGGGGAACGCAUCUGAAGUUGGAGCAAGAGGAGGCCAGUAGCGAGAUAAAAGAAUCUUUCGCACUGCAUGCAAAGGUCGAAUAUAAGUCCAUCAUGAGCUCUGAGGUUGGGUACGAGAACGAGUCAGAAUACAGGGAGUACCUCAAAAAACGCAUGACUCAAUGCGCAGUUUUAGGGGGCGCGUUUGACAAAGCCGGCAAACUAGCGAAGGACCCAACCAACAACACCUUGUUUGUUGAAUGGCAAGAAAGCCGGAGUUCUGGAGCAACGGACGACCUGACGAACCUCAGAGUCGAUAGUCUAGGUACCUUCCUCAUGAAUAGUCCGAAUGACGUGCAUAAGAAUGUCGGUAGACGAUUGACACCUGCUCUGGAUUACUUCACCCAGAUUUGCACUCUGAAAGGAGUUCUUUACUGCGGGCCACCGCUGGAUAUUAGCAAGCCCGUUCCGACAUGGUUUGAGUGCGAAAUCACACCACUUCCUGGACUGAAGAUCACUAUAGGUAAUACCCAGGGGUGGACCACCAGGCAAUUGUCUCCAACGCACGUACGAGUUGAUCGAGCGGGAUCGACAUCGCCUCACUGCCAAGUUGAUAUAACAAUUGUUGCUCCUAUUAAACCAGUUAAUGUCAUAUUUCGUGGGGACUGGGGAGACAAGAUGAUGCUACUAUCUUACUUUAACGUCUCCACUGGGAGCGAAUCGCGAUCAGGCUACCAUACAGUGGUAAGCCUCCUUCGUGGGUCAGAAGGGACCAUUCACGUCCCGAGCCUGAAACACUGGGGAUCGUUUUUGCCGUCGACAUUGUCUCUAGCAGAACAGAGUUCUAUGACGAGAGAGUACGAGAGAUUGUUCAGCAAAGAAGUCCGUGAGGGUACUUAG